CACGACUUGGUCUCCCCUGGCAACCGCAUUGACGCCGGAAACUGUUCGAAAGAAGUGAACACAGAAAUGCGAAGAAAUCCGGAUUCAUUAAAGUCUGACAUCAGGAAUUUCUGAAAAACACUGUGAAGGGACAUAGGAGAGGAUCAGUCUGGUGCUUUUUUGAAAACUCCAUGCGGGACAUGAGAUGGGGUUUCUACUCUGCCAUACAGCAACAGGAUUUCCAGAUAGAGAUGGCUGAUAAGGGGAAUCAGAAAAGCACUAAGACCCCCUCGACUAAUUCCAAACUCUCUGGAAAGAGGCCUAAGAGCAGCACCAGUAUAGUGAGCAACAAAGCAAGUGGAAAACAAAAACCUGGUUCAGGUAAAAAAGUCGACUCUACUUCAAACGUUGAGAGUGCUGUUCCACCGGAGGACAUCUUCCCUCUUGUCCUCACCGGCGCAACUCAAGAACUGUUUCAGUGCCGUGCUGAUGAGGAUGUCACGCAGGAGAAUCCCUUCAAAAUCCUCAGAAAAGAAGAAAUCCUUCAGGACAUGAAAACCAGGGCUGCCGUGUCUGAUUUCCACCCCGUGAAGCAGCUGGUGCUGAACUAUCCAGGAGAGGAGCUCUUACUAGUAUUUGAUAGGGACUUCAGUUAUGGGCAGAGCUUCUAUCUUGCUGGAACAGAGGAGGCCAAGGAAAGGAUUUUGCAAGUGCAAGAGCCCACAGAUGCAGACGUAGUGGAGGAGGAGUCGCUGCUUGAGAUGCCUGUGUACAAGACUCCAGAGCCCCAUCCUUGGGUGUCUCUGGGCAGUGAGGUGGAAAUAGAGGAGGAAUCUGUAAAGGACUCAAAAAAGAGGUUGAGAUACAGGGCCUCCAGAAUCCGACGAGAAUUUGGAGCUCAAGUGCAAUUCACUGAUCGCAAUGCUUCAGCAUCUAAGGAUGGUUACAUUGAGUGUCCACCCUACCAGGACAAAAGCUUUUGCAUUAAACAACUUGAGAGAGACACUGGGACACAGGCUAUCCCAGACCUGUGGGACUCCAGUACUCAAACCCAAUGGAAGUUCCCAAAGAACACCUGGACUCAGUAUGUUCCCAGGGAGUUCACUGAGGAAGAAAAAGAGAACUGCAUGUAUUCUGAGAACCUUAGGAACUUCAUCACUUCAGUUGCUCUGAGGUUUGAAAUAGCUGUGCAGCAGAAUGAGAUAAUGGAUGUCUUCUUUGAUGACUGGAAGGCACUUGGUGAGGAAGAGAGUACAUUUGGGGGAAAAGCAGACACUCACCUGAAAGAGUACCAGUCCUUCACAGACCUCCACUUCAGCAAACAGAAGAGUAUCAGCUAUAUAAACUGGCACCCCACCAUUAAUGGCGUAAUUGCAGUAGCUGUAACAGAGAGGCUGUGCUUUGAAGAUCGGAUCAAUCUCUCAACUAAGCUGCUUCUGAGUCCUUCCCUCAUUCUCUUCUGGAGUUUCUCUGACCCUAUUAAUCCUCAGUUGCUAUUGGAGUGUCCAGAUGACAUCUACUGCUUUGAAUUCUGUCCCUCUGAUCCCAAUAUCAUUGUUGGUGGUUGCAUUAAUGGCCAGGUUGUAUUGUGGGACAUUUCAGCGUAUAGAGAGUGGGUGCAGAGCUCACGCACUGGAGGAGGAGGGAAGCAGACCCCUGCAAAUGCAAACUCAUUACAUGGCUUUGAAGAGAAGCAAGAAAAUGAAACUCCCAUAGUGCGUUACUGUGCUGUUUCAGCCAUAGAGAAUGGACACAAAGCACCAAUUACUGAUGUGCAGUGGUUGCCAGACUCCUAUGAGAUUUCCAGGGCCGGUGUGCCACUGGAAAACAAAGACGGGGUCUGUGUCCAGAUUGUCACAUGUGCUCCUGACUGCUCUGUGUUAUUUUGGGAUAUCCGGCCCCCGAGAGUUGCUGCUCAUUCAAUGACAGACAGGAAACAGAAACCGGAGGAGAGACCACUGGACAAUCCUCAUGGCGUUCCAAGCACCUUCAAACACCUCGACCUCACCUGGAAGCCUCUCAUUAAGGUGGCCUUUUCGAAGAUUGAAACAAGUGGAGAGUACAGCCCUUUAAAAUUCAGCCGCAGAGAUGGCAUUCAUGACAACAAGAUGUGCAAUAUUGUUGACAAAUCUCUCCAAAAUCUGGAAAAAAAUGAAGGAGGGGUCAACUAUGGGAUGCUCAGGGUUCCCUCAGCUAAACACUUGAAAACACUGGAUGAUGUCAGUACCCAGAUCUUUGUUGGAACAGAAGAUGGAGAACUCAUUUAUACAGACUGGAAGAUGGAAAAGGACAAUGACUCUGGAAAAAUGAUCAGUUCCAAACCCUCUCAUCGCUUUGUUGCCCAUGACGGUCCGGUCCAUACAGUGAAGAGGUCUCCAUUUUUCAAUGAUAUCAUACUGUCUGUGGGGGGCUGGACUUUCGCCAUCUGGAAGGAAGGGGUCAUGAGUGGUCCUAUCCUGCAAUCCUCCUGUUCCAAAAAGAGGUGCACAGUAGGUCAUUGGUCUCUCUCCAGGCCAGGGGUGUUUUUCAUUGGGAAAGAAGAUGGGAAUAUUGAGGUUUGGGAUCUGCUGGAGAAAACACAUGAGCCUUCCCAAACCCAAAACAUAACGACAGCCUCCAUCACUUGUAUUAAACCCUGGAUUGUGUCUUCAAAGCAGCACUUUCUGGCUGUGUCUGAUGAGCUAGGUACACUGCAUAUUCUGGAGAUUCCAUGGACUCUGCGCAGACCUUCCAGCAACGAAAAAUCCAGUAUGAGCAGCUACUUUGAGAGAGAAGUCAGCCACCUUGAGUAUUUUGUGAAACGCCGAGAAUUCAGAGCAAAAGAAAAAAAAGAUAUGGAGGCGGCUGAACAGAGGAAAAAAAUGCAGGAACCUAUAAUCCCUGAGAAAUCCUCAGAGCAGAUAGAGGAAGAGGUGCAGAAAGGAUAUGAGAAUUAUCUGGAGCUGGAAAAAAAAAUUCUAAAGGAAAUGGGUCUUCUUCCAGAAGAGGAGGAGAAAUUGCCUGAUGUCUAACCCUCAAUGAUCUGCCAUACUGUGUGGUGAAUAUAAAUUUUAAAAAGCAAGAAAAUGUAACUUAGUAUGAGAUUUAAUAUCACUGCUGAUUUUGGUGCAAAUUACAUAUUUAACAUUUUUUAACUAUUGGGAGAUUUCAGCUAGGUUAGGGGUUUUAUUUUGUUGCCCUGACGUAUUCAAAAGUGUUCAUGCUAGAACACAGGUUCUCUGUGACUACAGGAGCAGACAUGCUACUUAAACAAUAAAAUAACUAGUUUUUUUGUGUAAAUUGAUCAAAUGGUAAAUUUAGACCUUAAUGUAAAUAUUUAACAAUUUUAAAUACAAAGUAUGCCUGAAUAAAUUGUAUAUAGUGAGAGCAAUGUAUCAGAGUGUAGUGCCCCAAAAACAAUGAUAAUUGUGGGAGAGGCAAUAAACAUUCAAUUUUAAAGUGAAA